AGGGAGCCGUUAUCUUUGGUCACCAUUUUGUAGUAGCAUCGUUCUGCUGCUAUGGUGCCGAUCCAUACUAUGCACCCUCAGGUGAGUCAGACUGUCUCUUCUCUGACUAUACAAACCCUCUGCUAAUGAAUCAGACUGUACCUAAUACAGUGGGCUCAUAAUGUCUGAGCGAGUCAGCGUUUCUAUUCCUCCAGCCUGCUGAGGGGACACCUCAACAAAGUGACCAUCCGACCAAGAUGCUAAUCGUGCUAGACAGUGAGGACAGUGAGGAAGGUAUAGUACCCCUCUCUAGCAAUAAUGGAGUCAUUAUUUCAUUGUUGCUUUGAGAGGAUAUUGUUUAGUACCUGAGUGUGUGCAAUUAUCAGAUAAUACUUUUAGUAAAAAAGGAUGGAAAUAAGUUUUUUUGUAAAAAUGUGACAUGAUAUGAAUGAUAGUUUGAGCAUCUAUAUAUCUAUUGGGAACCGUCCAAACAAAGUGUGGCCUAAUGUAGCAUCAUUGUGAAGCACAAGGCUCUGAUCUGACGUGAAGAAUAACUUGACACGUUGAUGUCUUUCAUUCAUAGAGUCCAGUGAAGAGCAGCAGCCAGUUACGCCAUGGAAUGAUCUGUGUAUUAUAGACCGCGUAGGCCUCAACAGGUGAGGUUUUAUCCUCUGUGUGACUGAUGAUAACCAUCACGAUAUUGGUAAUGAUCAAAAACUGAUCGUCUCAUCCCUAAACCAGACUGAUUGUUAGAGUGCCUGCCAUUGCCCCAGAUAUGUAUUUGGUAAUGUAUUUGGUUCUUCAUGUUCAAGUUAUCUUUAUUGUCCCAAUUGGGAAAUUUGUUGUGCAGUCAGGGUUCAACAAUAAAAAACAACAACAUUAAAAACAGUGACGGCCUCCCGAGUGGUGCAGCGGUCUAAGGCACUGCAUCGCAGUGCUUGAGGCGUCACUACAGACCCGGGUUUGAUCCCAGGCUGUAUCACAGAUAGCCGUGACCGGGCGUCUGCAAGCUGACCUCGGUCGCCAGCUGGAUGGUGUUUCCUCCAACACAUUGGUGCGGCUGGCUUCCGGGUUAAGUGAGCAGUGUGUCAAGAAGCAGUGCGGCUUGGCAGGGUCGUGUUUCGGAGGACGCAUGGCUCCUGACCUUCGCCUCUCCCGAAUCUGUACGGGAGUUGCAGCGAUGGGACAAGACUGUAACUACCAAUUGGAUAUCAUGAAAUUGGGGAGAAAAAGGGGUAAAAGUAAAAUAAAAUUAAGUGACAACCGAUAUACUGUACACAUAACAAGAAACAAUGAGACUGAUCAAAAGGAGCAAUCAUUGUGCAAAAGUGCAGCAAUAAAUAGACAUUUCAUGUGCAGAUUCAGAAAGUUUUUAGCCUGUGGGAUAAAAUAGUUAUUGUAUCUGUUGCUAUGUCUGUCCCUCCCUCCCAUCACAGUGCUAAGAUGUCAGAGGAACAAGUGGAGGUGAGGCAAUCCGUCAGUAGUCCUCAUUAACAUGAUGCAUUGCGAUCAUAGUACACACAAUACCCAUACAAGGUGUAUCCCUCUCUGAUUCUCCCAACCCCCCUUAUUUUACGUUUUACUAAUUUAGCAGACGCUCUUAUCCAAAGCGACUUACAGUUAGUGAGUGCAUACAUUUUUCAUACUGGCCCCCCGUGGGAAUUGAACCCACCACCCUGGCGUUGCAAGCGCCAUGCUCUACCAACUGAGCUACAGGAGGCUACUUAUGAUGUUGUAUGAAAGCCUGUGACACCUUACUUUCCAAUUAAGGAUCAAUACAGUUCUAUUCUAAUGUAUUAUAUUAUUUUCUAUUCUACUCUAUUGUAUUGUAUUCUAUUCUACUAUAUUCUAUUCUAUUCUGUUCUAUUCCAUUCUGUUCUAUUAUAUCCAGAAUGCAUUCUCCCAGAUUGCGCUGGCCUUUCGUAGUGACCAGUACACCCUGAAGCAGAGGCUGCAGGCAGAGGAGCAUGCUAGGAACCUGGCUGAGGAGAACAUCCAGCUGGAGCUGAUGAGAGGCCGGGAGACACUGGAGGUAUUGGAGGAGGAGGGUGGAUGGGGUCACUGCAAUGAAGGAAGAUAAGUAUUGGACCAAGUAUUGGACCUCUCUAGCUUGUUUCCACUCAACAAUCUCUGAGACCCUUAAUCAUUAUGAAAUAAAUUAUGUUUGAGCCAGAGCGAAAGUGUGAGUUAGUACCUAUGAGUUAGUACCUUGUUUUUUCUAAUGAAAAUGAUGACAAGCUUCAGCAGCACUGUGUCCCUGACAUUGAGACCAACAUUUUUUUGGGGGGGGGGAAUAUAAGGCUUACAGCAUACAAGGUGUGUAUUGUAUAUGAGGGUUUUUGUAGCAUAGCUUUGACCUGUCUCACUGUGUUGUCAGACUCUAAAGGCUCUGUGUCUGGACAGUAAGCGCAGUAAGAUCCUCCAGAGACUAGAGCUGUGUCUGGAUAUACUGAGAGGAACAGUGGAGAGAAUCUCCAACACAGCAGAGGUGCUGGGAGCGGUACACCAGGUAGUCUCCCUCACACAGACAUUACUAGGCUAUCUAGCUCAAGACUUUGAUUAUGGAUUGCAAGAUUGCAUCAGCUACACAUUACACCCCAGUGACUGAAUGAAUGGGGGGGCACAAUCAUCACACUUGUCACUGACACUUUGAGACUAGAGUAGAAUGAAGCUGCUAUUCUUUGUAAUUUGUAAUUGAUUACGUGUUUAUAUGCUCGAUCUACACAUACCGUAUACAUACUCAAUGUAGGUGUACUCUGUAUGGUAGGAGGCUCGUGUGAGUCGAGCGGUGGAGCUGAUGGUGAGCCACGUUGACAACCUGAAGAGGCGGCAUGAGAGAGACAUCACAGAGCUGGACGAGACCAAGAAACUCAACGGGAAAAGCUCCCACAGGAACUACAGCGACCCUAGAGGUAAGUACCACUAGUGUAACUGUCUGGGUUCAAACCCGGAUGUCCCGCACACCACAAGACUGUGUUAGCCCGCUGAGCUAAAGCCUAGACUUCAGGUCUAGGUCGUUGGUGAGGUUACUCAUAAAGUAAGCAUGGUUUACUGAACCAUCGUAGGUCUACCUGAAUAUGGCUCGGUACGUGAUAGGCACAGAUGCUGUUAUCUGACUGGUGUAUCUCUCGCUGCAGUUGAAGGAGAGUUCGGGCAGAAGGCCAAUAAGACCUCUCAGCAGGUAGGAGCACUUCCCUGUCUUCAUGCAGAGGAUAUUCACUAUGUAAAACAUCGUAUCAUAUUUGUUUUAUCUUGUUUUAACCCUCAAUCACUUUCCUGUCUCUCUUCCUUCCUCUCGUUCUUCUAGUGGCACAUUGGUGCAAGUCGUCAAAGGGUCAGCAUAGCAGUGAUCACCAAACAAGCCCAGGUCUGAGCAGUUCAAGUCCUUCCUCUCCAAAGACACGCACGCACCUACGCACACCAACUAUCUGCCUAUUCUUUUGCCUCAGGAAAAGAGAAAAUGGGAAAGAGGGCUGCAGAAGUCAUUCUCAAUAGAUCAUGAGAUAGGUAAGAAGUCCCUUUCAAGCCCAUCUCCAUCAAUGGACUCCAUCACAGAGUCCAUCCCUUCAGUCAUGGUCAAGACAGAAGAGAUGGAUGUUCCCUUACUGGAUGGCAGGUAACGUAGGUGUAAAGGACGUCACGCUGCUUGCUUAGCGAGUACCACUUCCUCCCGAUUAGGCCCAUACCUGGCGCGAACUCGGGACCUCUGCCUCACAAACACACAUGAACGUUCUCCCUCAAGCGUUUUAGCCGAUCGUGCCACCUCAAAAGCUAGCUAAUGAGGUGACGCAAGCGGGACACUUAAGGCUGAGGAGUAAGUUUCACACAUCCCCAUGUGCCACAUAUGCAUAUACAGUAUCUACAGUACAUGCAAGGGGUAAAGGAAAUGAUAAUUUAAUUCAAUUCUCUCUCCCUGUAAUUUCCAUUGAAUUCAAUUCAAAUUCCAGUUCAGUCUUUGAAUUCAGAGAAUUCAAUUCCAAUGUUAGGUCAAAUCCAAGAAUUAAAUUCCCAAUUUAAUAUUAUCCCCAAUAAUUCCACAUUUUCAAAUGUAAUUCCCUCAGGCUUUCAGGCUGACUAAGUCACUGUUCAGACAGCCUAGCUAUACUGGAAAUAUAGAAAUACAAGUUGAAAUGAUUUAAAACAAAUACUGCAGUCAAUGUUUGAUGCGUUAAUUCCAUUACCUGGGAAAUGUUAAAAUACUAAAUUCCAAUGAUUAAAUGUUUUACAAUUCAAUUCCAUAACUUGAAGAUUGUUGAAAUUCUAAUUGAAUUUAACAAAUUCUCCACUUCAUGAGUGAAUUCAAGAAUUUAAUUGGAAUUUCAAAUUAAAUUGGAAUUGACCCCAACCAAACCUUUUUGCUGAUUCAAGACCACCUGAAGCUCCUGAUGAUAACAAACCAGAAGUCGCUGCUGCUGUCCAGUCACCACCGGAACCAGACCCAUCUCCAGUCUAUACAGCACCCUGUCCCACUCCCACACACAAGCCAUACGAUGUGGACAUCAAGAAAAACAGCAUGAGGUACAGUAUAGAAUUUACACAUACAGUGGGGAAAAAAAGUAUUUAGUCAGCCACCAAUUGUGCAAGUUCUCCCACUUAAAAAGAGGAGAGAGGCCUGUAAUUUUCAUCAUAGGUACACGUCAACUAUGACAGACAAAAAAAAAAAAUCCAGAAAAUCACAUUGUAGGAUUUUUUAUGAAUUUAUUUGCAAAUUAUGGUGGAAAAUAAGUAUUUGGUCAAUAACAAAAGUUUCUCAAUACUUUGUUAUAUACCCUUUGUUGGCAAUGACACAGGUCAAACGUUUUCUGUAAGUCUUCACAAGGUUUUCACACACUGUUGCUGGUAUUUUGGCCCAUUCCUCCAUGCAGAUCUCCUCUAGAGCAGUGAUGUUUUGGGGCUGUCGCUGGGCAACACGGACUUUCAACUCCCUCCAAAGAUUUUCUAUGGGGUUGAGAUCUGGAGACUGUCUAGGCCACUCCAGGACCUUGAAAUGCUUCUUACGAAGCCACUCCUUCGUUGCCCGGGCGGUGUGUUUGGGAUCAUUGUCAUGCUGAAAGACCCAGCCACGUUUCAUCUUCAAUGCCCUUGCUGAUGGAAGGAGGUUUUCACUCAAAAUCUCACGAUACAUGGCCCCAUUCAUUCUUUCCUUUACACGGAUCAGUUGUCCUGGUCCCUUUGCAGAAAAACAGCCCCAAAGCAUGAUGUUUCCACCCCCAUGCUUCACAGUAGGUAUGGUGUUCUUUGGAUGCAACUCAGCAUUCUUUGUCCUCCAAACACGACGAGUUGAGUUUUUACCAAAAAGUUAUAUUUUGGUUUCAUCUGACCAUAUGACAUUCUCCCAAUCCUCUUCUGGAUCAUCCAAAUGCACUCUAGCAAACUUCAGACGGGCCUGGACAUGUACUGGCUUAAGCAGGGGGACACGUCUGGCACUGCAGGAUUUGAGUCCCUGGCGGCUGAUGGUAGGCUUUGUUACUGAUGGUAGGCUUUGUUACUUUGGUCCCAGCUCUCUGCAGGUCAUUCACUAGGUCCCCCCGUGUGGUUCUGGGAUUUUUGCUCACCGUUCUUGUGAUCAUUUUGACCCCACGGGGUGAGAUCUUGCGUGGAGCCCCAGAUCGAGGGAGAUUAUCAGUGGUCUUGUAUGUCUUCCAUUUCCUAAUAAUUGCUCCCACAGUUGAUUUCUUCAAACCAAGCUGCUUACCUAUUGCAGAUUCAGUCUUCCCAGCCUGGUGCAGGUCUACAAUUUUGUUUCUGGUGUCCUUUGACAGCUCCUUGGUCUUGGCCAUAGUGGAGUUUGGAGUGUGACUGUUUGAGGUUGUGGACAGGUGUCUUUUAUACUGAUAACAAGUUCAAACAGGUGCCAUUAAUACAGGUAACGAGUGGAGGACAGAGGAGCCUCUUAAAGAAGAAGUUACAGGUCUGUGAGAGCCAGAAAUCUUGCUUGUUUGUAGGUGACCAAAUACUUAUUUUCCACCAUAAUUUGCAAAUAAAUUAAAAAAAAUCCUACAAUGUGAUUUUCUGGAUUUUCUUUUCUGAAUUUGUCUGUCAUAGUGGACGUGUACCUAUGAUGAAAAUUACAGGCCUCUCUCAUCUUUUUAAGUGGGAGAACUUGCACAAUUGGUGGCUGACUAAGUACUUUUUUUCCCCACUGUAAAUAACCUUUCCUGUAUCCGAUACUACGACACCUUUUUUAUAUGCAAGGGGAGGUCCUCAGGACUAAAUUAUACUGAACAAAAAUAUAAACGCAACAUGUAAAGUAUUGGAACCAUGUUUCAUGAGCUGAAAUAAAAGAUCCCAGAAAUGUUCCAUAAGAACACAUUUGUUUACAUCCAUGUUAGUCAGCAUUUCUUCUUUGCCAAGAUAAUCCAUCCACCUGACAGGAGUGGCAUAUCAAGAAGCUUGAUAUGAUUAAACAGCAUGAUUAUUACACAGGUGCACCUUGUGCCGGGGACAAUAAAAGCCCACUAAAAUGUGCAGUUUUGUCACAACACAAUUCCACAGAUGUCUCAAGUUUUGAGGGAGCGUGCAAUUGGCAUGCUGAUUGCAGGAAUGUCCACCAAAGCUGUUGCCAGAUAAUUGACUGUUCAUUUCUCUACCAUAAGCCGCCUCCAUUAUUGUUUUAGAGAAUUUGGCAGUACGUCCAACUGGCCUCACAACCGCAGACCACGUGUAUGGCGUCGUGUGGGCGAUCGGUUUGCUGAUGUCAACGUUGUGAACAGAGUGCCCCAUGGUGGUGGUGGGGUUUGGUAUGGAUAGACAUAAGCUACGGACAACAAACACAAUUGCAUUUUAUCGAUGGCAAUUUGAAUGCACAGAUACCGUGACGAGGCCCAUUGUCAUGCCAUUCAUCCGCAUCCAUCACCUCAUGUUUCAACAUGGUCAAUGCACGGCCCCAUGUCGCAAGGAUCUGUACACAAUUCCUGGAAGCUGAAAAUGUCCUAGUUCUUCCAUGAUCUGCAUACUCACCAGACAUGUCAGCCAUUGAGCAUGUUUGGGAUGCUCUGGAUCAACGUAUACGACAGCUUGUUCAAGUUCCCGCCAAUAUCCAGCAACUUCGCACAGCCAUUGAAGAGGAGUGGGACAACAUUCCACAGGCCACAAUCAACAGCCUGAUCAACUCAAUGCGAAGGAGAUGUGUCGCGCUGCAUGAGGGAAAUGGUGGUCACACCAGAUACUGACUGGUUUUCCGAUCCAUGCCCCUACUUUAAAAAAAAAGGUAUCUGUGAUGAACAGCUGCAUAUCCCCGUCAUGUGAUAUCCAUAGAUUAGGGCCUAAUGAAUUUAUUUAAAUUUACUUUUUCCCCCUUAUAUGAACUAUAACUCAGUAAAGUCUUUGAAAUUGUUGCAUAAUACACAGGUUCUUUGCAUCAGGGAGCAUGGGAAUAAAUAGGUAUAAUACAAAAAUAGAUUUUAUUUCACAAUAGGACUAGUAGAAAGCUUAGGCCUCAAUCACACCUACUGCGUCAUUGCAUUUUGGUACACCAGAAGUACAUUCAUGCGUCAAACUAUGCUUUGACGGCUUGACAGAAAUGGUAGCAGAAGGUGCAUGUUGAACUUUUGUUGCACACAUAUCCAGAUGAUGCUGCGUAACAUUUAGCGCAAUGAAGCUUUAGUUGUGAUCAAGGCGUUAGAUUUGGACAAUAUCUUCAGCGCCUAGCGCUUCGGCACGGUGUCUGCUGACAAAAAAUCAUCAUAGUUAUCACAAUAAUCAUUGUCAUUGAUUAUUCAAUAAUCACGUCUAAGUAUCAUAAUACAUUUACGUUCUGAUUAUCUGGCCAACACAAUAAAUUCAUACCAAUUCAAUAUCGAGGAAGGCGCUCAAGGGAGAAGGAGAACAGCUACCAGUGAAGAGGGGCACACCUUGCCAUAGACGCUUACAAUUUGGGUCACAGUAGAAUUAGGAUUACACCAGCCUGUACAAUCGUAAGGGGAUCCCCCGAAACAAAGGGUAAAGCACAGCUUUUAUACCUGGGCAUGGCAGCCACGCCAUUAAUUGACAAUUGCCUACACCUGGCACUGAGAGAGGCAGCGUUUUAACACAUUCACAGUUCGACCCUGUUACACACAUGUUCAGAGGUACAAUAAUAACACAACAAGGAAUUGGCUAAACAAGGGCCUUGUUGUAUUCUAACAUGGCAUGUGUGUCUGUGAAAGUUCACCUUUGGAUACUCUAAUAAGGCACAGACAUAAAGGCAAGGCCAGGACGGAGAGGACGGAGAGGAGGAAAGAGAACAGAGAGAAAACAAGGAUGACGCAUGCCGACCAAUGCACCGCUGGAACGUAAGUCGCUUAUAAUGUGAUAGCUAUACUUUGACUUUCUCUGAUGUCACUACUAUGGAAGUAUAUUGCAGUUCAACAUUUGUUCGCAGCCAUAUCAGUGAGACCCAGCUUCUCUCUUUAGGUGUGGCGCUAUGUGCAGAGAUCGCCCCCUGGCCCACUGGAUGUGGCACUGCCACUGGGUUGUCUUCAGUGUGUAUCUGGUAGUGCUCUGCUGUGUGGUUCUACUGAUUAUCCUCUUCUGGCUUGGUCCUGAACGUCUGCUGUGA